AUGCCGCAACCACAUGAUAAUCCCAACGGCAACGGGGCCGAUGCUAACAAGAAUGUCGACAAUGAAGCGUCUGUAGCUUUCCGCCGCGGCAUCCAGAGGGCCGUUAGUGGCCUUUACGGAUCCACCGACAAUGAUGACACCGGCAACCGCGUGGACGGCAUCCUUCGUGGGGGCGCCGGCAACGAAGCUGCGCCCCUGCUGGUAGGCGCCGGCGCCAACUCGCGCCGCAGCACGUCUGGUUCAUACGUCCCACACGUCCACUCUUCCGAUGAAGAACACGGCUUUGCCCGCCGCCUGUUCUUCGACAAGUACCACACCCCGGGCUACGACAGCUCCAACGUCUUUGUCCGCUACCUUGCCCACGUCCUCAACAUCACCAAGGCCACACUCUACUCCAGCCCCGUCAACGUCCUGCUCGUCUUCGUCCCCAUCGGUAUUGUCGCCGGCGCCCUCGGCUGGAGCGCCGUCACUGUCUUUACCCUGAACUUCUUCGCCAUCAUCCCGCUCGCUGCCGUCCUCUCCUUUGCUACUGAAGAAAUCUCUGUGCGUCUCGGCGAAUCCUUGGGCGGCCUGCUCAACGCUACCUUUGGCAAUGCCGUCGAGCUGAUUGUCAGCAUUGUCGCCCUGCGUCAGGGCCAGAUUGAGGUCGUUCAGUCGUCCAUGCUGGGCUCCAUUCUUUCCAACUUGCUGCUCGUCUUGGGCAUGUGCUUCCUGCUUGGCGGUAUCUGGAACAUGCGCGACCGUGACAACCGGCCUAUGGAGCAGAGCUUCGCCACGGUCACCGCUCAGACCAGUUGCUCGCUGAUGGCACUGUCCAUGGCGUCUCUGAUAAUUCCGGCGACACUUUACAGCGCCAUUGACGACUCCGCCGACAAGGCGGCCAAGGACGCCUCCAUCCUGGUCCUGUCGCGUGGCACCGCCAUCAUCCUCCUGUGCCUCUAUGUGCUCUUCCUCUUUUUCCAGCUGCGCACCCACUCCACCCUCUUCGACCCCGAAACCACCCCUUCCGCUAGUGUCAACGGUCUCCGCCGCGACGAUGUUAGUGACGACGAAGAUGAUUCCCCGGCUGGUGAAGAGGAGGAGGAGCCUCACAUGAACCCCUGGUCCGCUGCCGGCGUGCUCGUCGUUGUCACCUUGCUUGUGUCCGUCUGUGCUGAGUACCUGGUCGACAGUAUCGACGAGAUUGUCGCGUCUGGCAAGAUCUCCAAGAGCUUCAUCGGCUUGAUUCUGCUGCCCAUUGUUGGAAACGCCGCUGAGCACGUUACCGCCUGUGUUGUCGCUACCCGCAACAAGAUGGAUCUGGCUCUGGGAGUUGCACUCGGGUCCAGCAUCCAGAUCGCCCUCCUUGUCACGCCCUUCCUCGUCAUUGUUGGCUGGUUGGUUCUCGACCAGCCCAUGUCGCUGCGUUUCGAGACAUUCGAAACGGUCGUUUUCGCCCUCAGCGUGCUCGUUGUUGCCUACACGGUCCAGGACGGCAAGUCCAACUACCUCGAGGGUGCUAUGCUUAUGGGCAUGUACAUUAUCAUUGCACUGGCGUUCUACGUCAGCCCUGGCGAUGCCCUCGACAAGGCCAUGUCUGGCGUUUACAGCGUCUUCUCCAGCGUGGCGCCCGGUGCGUGA